AUGCGGCGGUCAUGUCUGGGGUGGGGGCGCCCACGCCAGGCUGCCUCUCCAGCUCUUCAUCUUUAUGAUGCCUUUCGUUUCGGGCACCGUGGGUACCGGCAGCUGCUCACUGACCGCAGCUUCGAUGGCGCGGUAACGGCACUGGGUUCACUCGUGUCGAAUGCGCAGGCCAUGGAGGCCUGGGCACGGGAGCGACGCACCAACAGAGAAGUUGACCUGCGCCACGAAAUGCUGACUCUCCUCCGACGCUUGGAGCUGGACGUGCCGGGCACCAAGGGCAAGGGUUCCACGUGCGCAUUUGCCGAGAGCAUUCUGCGGCGUGGCUACGGCCUUCGUACGGGCCUCUUCACCUCUCCUCACCUCGUCGACGUUCGGUAUGAUCACAACCUCAUGCUGUCCAUAUUCAGUGGCGCUGCUGCUUACACGGUGACGAACACGCCCAGAGAAAGAAUCAGACUUGAUGGGAAGCCGCUGGAGCGGGACGUGUUUGCCAGGUACUUCUGGGACACGUGGGACAGGCUCCACGCCACUACUCAGGGCAAUGAAACGCCAGAGAUGCCAGCAUACUUCCGCUUCUUGACGCUCAUGUCCCUUAACGUGUUCAUCAGAGAAGAGGUGUUGGGUGACACCCUCACCGAGAUCGCCUACGAAAAGGCCGGGAUAUUUAAGACUGGAGUGUCUGCCUACACUGUGCCCCAGACCGACGAAGCGAUGCAAAGUCUCGUCAAACAGGCCGCAAUCAAGAAGGUAGAUCUCAGUGUAGUUCCUCCCAUCGAAGCGUGGGGCAAGCACUGCACGCUCGGCCUCCUCGGCGAGUUUCAGAAGAACAACGCAUCCCUCGCCGUUGCCCUGUGCAGGCAGUGGUUGCGAAACAACGCGGAGCGACUACCCCCGCACAUCGACCGCCAAGAACUCGCCCCCUUCCUGCGAAGCACUGGGCCGUCGUCUGAGCUGCCCGCCGGCUUCGCGAAGGGACUCCGAGAAUGCCGCUGGCCGGGCCGAGCCCAGCUGCUCCGACUCCCCACCGGCCCUGGCGACGCCGAAGAGAACUCCCACAACCGCGGGGAAGACGAGCUGUGGCUGCACCUGGACGGAGCGCACACCGAGGAGAGCAUGGAGGCCUGCGCCCGCUGGUUUAUCGACUCGUCCUCCCGAGACCAGGACGACGCCGACAGCAGCAGCGACGCGCAGGAGCGGCGGGUGCUCAUCUUCAACUGCCACCAGAAUCGAUCGGCCUCGAAGCUGUUGGCCAGGCUGGUCGACACCAUGUCGGGCAGCGCGGGGCCGGGUCGGGGAGUGCCCUUCGACGCGGUGAUCUUCAGCACGUUUGCCACCCGGCCUGGCUCUGACGCUGGCGGGAGUGGUGGUCGCCCAGUGGUCGGUGAGGCCCCCGACAAGGACGGCCGUUCGUGGCAGCAGACGCAAGCCGACGCCUGGAAGAGCCUGAACCGAACCGACCAAGGCCCGGCAGCAGAGGUGACCGUGGCCGAUUCCAUCCCUGCUGCUCUCGAUUCCGUCGUGGGUCUCCACAAGCGGUGGUGGCACCACGAUCGCUGCGCUAGUGGUGGGCAGAGGGGGAAGACACGGGUGUUGGUGACGGGAUCGCUGUAUCUGGUGGGCGGCGUGCUGGAGGUGCUCCUCCGCCGCAACGCUCUCCCCGCCUCUGCCCUCCACCUCUAA